AAAUUCAAAUUACCGUUUUUUAUAUAAUUCGGUUAUAAUAUUUCUGUUUUUAUAUUUUUCGUUUUACAAGAUAUUUUGUGCUUUGCUAUACUAUGAAAGGAAGACAUAUAUAAUGCAUGUUUAACCUAAAAAAUUUGCUGUGGACGAAGGAACUGGUCAAUAUAUUACUAUAUUCUGUUUAAUUUAAAUGGAAAAUUCGCUUUAUGCAUAUGUUUAAAUAAUGGCCUUAAAAACUGCACUUUUGGAAAUAUUAAGUUGUAUGCUUAGUCCUGAUGCAGAACUUCGUCGUUUGGCUGAGGAAAGGAAUAAAGCAUUAGAAGUUACAGAAGAAUAUGGAAUUUAUUUGCUUGAAAUUAUUUUGUCUUCUGAUGAAGCUACAGAAGAACGACAAAUGGCAGCAGUGUUGCUGAGACAAUAUGUGCAUAUUCAUUGGUGUAAAGACGAGAAAGAGUUUCUUCUCCCAGUUGUAUCUGAUUAUGUUAAAGAUAAAAUAAGAGCUUUAUUACCAUCUGGUCUGUCUGUAGCUGUGAUACAAAAUACUGUUGCCAUAACAUUGGCAUAUAUUGCUUAUUUUGAUUUUCCACAGCAGUGGUCUGGAGUAGUUAAAGUUAUUUCCUCCAAAUUAGAAUCUUCUAAUUUAGAUGAAUGUUUAGGAUCACUACAAUUUUUCAAUGACUUUGUUAGUAUUUGUAGCAUAGAGCAGCUUAGUUUGUGCUAUAAAUCUGCAUUGGAAGGAUUAUAUCAUAUUUGUCAAAAUGAAGAGAAGUUCUCAACAGUUGAACGGUCUGAGGCUAUCUCUGUCUUUUGUAAGAUAGUAUCUGUCUUAUCAACUGAUAGCAAUAUUCGUCCAGAGUUACCAAAUAUUGUAGAUAAAUUUUAUAAUCUCUUCAGUGCACAGCUAAUUUCAGCCUAUAGUCCAAAAAGCGAUUUUAGACUCAAAUCUCAAAUAGUUAAAACUUUUACUUUACUUUUAUAUCAAAUAACAGAAAUAACACAAAAUACCAUUGUUCGCCUUUUACCAAGUAUUUGGGAAAUAUUUUCACGUUGUGGAGAAGCUUAUGUUCAAAUACUAUCAUUGACUUUAGAUGUUCCGCGAGAUGUAGGGGAAAAUACCAACGGAAAACCCCUGUUUUUUAAAUUAAUAAACGGCAUUUUUAAUUUAAUACAAACACUUGUAACUACUAUGAAAGGUGUUUGUAUUUCAAAUUCACUAUACGAUUUUUUACAUUAUCUCUUCAUAUUUAUGGCUGUUACUCCAGAAACUGAAGAAAAGUGGAAAACUGAAGAAGAAUUUGUCGCUGACGAUAUAGAAGAGGGAAGGUUGGACCAUGAUGUGCGAUAUGAUGCGCGAUGUCUUUUAACGUUGCUGACAUAUGAUAUGGAGAAAAACUAUAUGGCAAAUGCCCUAGCUACUGCUGUAGAUAGACAUAUGGUACUAGCAGGUGAUAUGAACGAAUCGUAUUAUUGGAGAAUUAUGGAGAGCCUGAUGUACGGUUUAGGAUCUAUAAGCAAUUAUGUAAUUAAACUAACUAAACUUGAACACACCAGUUUUGAUAUCAAUAACUACCUCACUAAAUGGGCUGAGAUUCUUCAGCGAUGCCCUUCUUGGGUUCUUCAAGGGCGAAUUAUGUUAGUCGUUGCUCAAUUUAGCCCCAUAAUAACUUCCGAUAUUUGGGAGACAUAUAUACCUCAUAUAAUUAACAAUUUAUAUUCAGACAAUCAUAUUCUGAAAGUAUCUGCUAUAAGGUCCGUAGCAAUACAGACAGAGAACGUGCGAGAUUCGGUUGUAACACGGCAUCUUUUGGAACUCAGGCAGGCAAUAAUUACAGGACUUAAUAGAGCUAUACCUCUUGUUUCUCAACCAAUUCAAGAACUUGGUUUGAGGGGCAUAAUUAAUAUAAUAAAGCGGGACCCUUUGUUUGUAACACAAAUGAGAAGUGACUUAGUAAAUUUAAGUGUUGGAUGUUUUUGGAAGAACCUAAGUUACCAUUAUAUUUUAAACAAUUGUGAGACAAUAGUUAAGUAUUUGUGUUUGAAUGAAGAAACAGUCAAUGAAACACAAGAAACGAUACUUCCUAUUAUCUUUGACUGCCUGAGUACACAUCAUCCUGUUAACCAUUCAGUUACCAUUCACAAUGCACAGUCAUGUGCCUUAGAACUUUUAGGGAUUAUUGUUAUUAACUCCCCCUUGCCUCUUAGCGAAGUUUUAUUACAUCAGGGCUUUAUGGCGACAUAUAAAUGCAUACUUUAUGUAAACGACACUACAGUAAUGCAGAGUGGAACGAAUUGUUUGCGUAAUUUUUUGUUAAAAGCGUCUUCCCAAAUUUAUAAUUUUGUCGAUGGGGAGGGUCGUACUGGUGCAGAUUAUACCAUAGACAUUCUUAAGCAUAUAUUGGAUCCUCAAAAAAUGGUCCUUGCGUGCAAACAAAUUGGUCGUUUAUGUAUAACUGCGAUGCAUACUUUGGGCACACUUCUUAAUUCACAUAUCGAUUAUUUACUUCGUUCGGUCUUAAGUAAGAUGCAAAGAACUACGUUGAUGGAGGAGCAUUUAAUUGUGAUAUUUGCAUAUCUCUUUUAUUACAAUAUGCAGGAUACGAUGGAAUUUUUAAAUCAGAUACCAGGUCCACAAGGCGAAAGUGCGCUGGUUUUCGUCUUGAAUAAAUGGUUGUCGAAACCAUAUGUUUACUACGGAAAAUUUGAACUUCGUCUGAACAUAAUGGCCUUAGCUAAAAUUCUUGAACAUUCGCUGGUAUCGAACGAUAAAAGGUUAUCGAAUAUUACCGUUCAGGGGGAGAAUUUAAGCAAUUCGAUAAUAAUAAUGGAAACACCAAAUUCACGCUCGGGGAUUUCCAGAGUAAGGCAAAUACCUUUGCUGAUGCAUAUAUUCAAAACAUUAGUUCAAUUGCUGUGCCUUGAGUUACAUCUGCUGGAAUCUAAUCAAAUUUUUCAUGUUUCUGGUCAGACUUCAGAGGAUAAUUUCGUAAGUUUAAAUGGACAUGAAAGUGACGAUGAGACAUUUGACGAAGAAGAUUCUGACAGUGAAGAACUUAGUUCCCUAGAGUUUAAAGAUCCCAUAUACAAAAUGUCUAUUAGUGAUCUGCUGACUGAUUAUUUAAAGCAAUUUUGCGGUACUAAUUAUUUUAAAAGAUACAAAGAUUUUCUAACAGAGCAAGAGAAAGAUAGCCUUGUUGGGCUUGGUAUUAUUAAAAAAACCUAGCAAAAUUUUACGGUACUAUUACAAAAUAAUCUCAUCGUCAGUUAACUAAUUGUGUAUAUAUUUUUGUAAUUAUUGUACAGUUCACCAAUCGAGACUUUUUUAAAGAGAGAUAUCAAAAAGUGCAUGCAUCCAUACAUUUAUUUGAUAAAUUGUUAAAAGUAGUUCCUUAAAUUGAGCGUGUUUUACAAAUAAUUGCAAAUUACCAGUGACAAUUAAACCCAAUAAAAGUUUAGGCUAUACAUUAUUAAUUUUGAACACAAAAUUACUUAUUGUUGGCUAUGUAAAAA